GAGCGCAUUGAAUGAUGGAUGUUUAAUCGGGUUUAGUAUUUACUGCAUUAUAAUCCGUCUAAUUUCAAAGGAUUUAAUUUAAUUCCAAAUGAAAAUGAAUAAAUAUUGAAAUAUCUAGUGUACAUGUGGUGUUAUACGGUGUAUAGUGUACGAGCUACUCAAUUUGAAUAGCUAUAGAUUCGCUGAUGAAUUUUAUUGAAAGUUCAUGGGAAAGUGGUUUGGUUAGAUAUUUUAUACAACAUAUUCGGUAAUCAAAAAAUAACGGAACGAGUUUUGUAGAAGUAACGGUAAAUAGUCGUAUUUCGCACCUAGUGGGCGGAGCUUGUGUGGAUAUUGACCAAUGAGCGAGCUUGACGAGAUAAUUAAUGACAUAUGUCAAUGAAACUGAGAAGAAAAUAAAGGCUUUAGAAAUGAAGCAUACUAGUUAGAACUAACUAUUGGAAAAGUGUUCCAGGACAGUUGAGUGUUUUUCGAUAGAGAAAAAGGAGUUGUGUAUUUUUUUGGAGAAGAUUAGUGAAUUCAUAUCAAACAUAGGCGAUAGGAUUUAUACAGUGAAAUAAAAAGGACUAGUUUUAUUGAAUUAACGAUUCUACCGGGGUCUUUCAAUUUGCACGUGUGCACCCUACACGCACUUCUGUACGUACGUACGUACGGACGAACACUGAUAUAUAACCGAAUUUCAGUUGAUGAUAAUAGACCACGUGUGCUAUUUAUACUGUAUAUGUAUUGUACAAUUUUGAGCGCAUCUUUAUAUGCACCUAUUUGAUCUUAUUGCAUCUGUGUUUUAAAUCUUAAAAGCAGAUAAACAGUUUAGACUGGUUAAUUCAUUUUUGUGGAUUUUUUAUGUAUUUAUCGAUAAAACGGACGGAAAACGAAGUACAAGCGGUUGAGAUAAACUUUGAUUAUCGUGUUAUAUACUGUUCUAAACAACGAAUUUUAAAUCACUUGUAAUACUACUGCGAAAAAGUUGAAAUCUUUCAAAUAUAAACCAAGCUACGAAAAAUUGAAAACUUCACAUUGUGAAACUUUCAUGAAACUCGUGGGAUCGCGAACUCGCCAAUACAGAGAAAUUGGCAGCGGAUACAGUAAUAGGAUAUAAGAUAUAUAUACAUGUGGAUGUUUAAGUGGGCAGUGGAAAUUUGCAUGUAUAUUUUGAUAAGACUCAAUUCCUGAGUUUUGGCUAUUUGAUAUUCGCAUCAUUCAGCUACACCUGAAGAUCUCGCCUUAUCAACGACUUCUAUCAUUUAUUUUCUCUUGCUAUCAACGAAAUUUGGCGAGGGAACUCUGGAAUAUAAACUGGAUACCACAGUUUUUUUGUGAGAAUUUAUAUAAAAAAAUAAUCUCCAUGGUUUUUGUUAUACACUCGUUUGUGUGUAAGAAUAAACACUCGCUUUUGAAGCGAAAAUAGACAAAGCUUUGUUUCUAUCGAUAAUUUCAAAACAGAGGAAGCGUGAUCAUUAUAUAUACAAAGGAUUUUAUCAGUAUUAGAAUAUUUAUUCCAAAUUUUUGGUGUUUCAAUGAAAUUUGAAGUGUUCAAUUGACGAUUAUACAAUUGUUUUUGUGUUCAUGAAUUUUGAUGGUGUUUUGACCAUUUAUUGAAGACGAUUCUGUUAUUUAUUUAUUUAUAAAUUAUUAGAAUUUAUACACUCGUUGAUUGUGUGGCAUUUUGAGUCGAAGCUUGAAGAUAAGCUAAGAAAAACGUUUAUAACAAACUGAAAGUACAUUAAGAAUCACUGUAUACUCUUAGAGAGGUACCGUGUUAUACAACAUAGAAAACAGUACAGUAAUAACCAGUACUCUUUUAUCUACCUAAAGAGUACCCCAAGAAUUAUUUCAUACACGAAUAAACACGUGAUAUCGUGCAGAAACAUUCCAGAAUCAUGUAUAACGGAGACCUGAAACCUAUGGGCGGACCUAUCGUCCCCGGAAGCGGAAGUCCACUGGGAUCAUCAAGCAGUGGGGAGCCAUCGCCACUCAACUCUGAUGUAAACAUCCAGCUGAGCCAGAGUAUGGAUUCCGUGGCCGCCAGUGGAGAAGAAGAGGUGCGGACCUUAUUUGUUAGCGGUUUGCCGAUGGAUGCCAAGCCCAGAGAGCUAUACCUGCUCUUCAGAUCAUACAAGGGAUAUGAAAAUGCCCUCUUAAAAAUGAUGGGCAAGGCUAUUGGUAAAAAUAACAAUCCAGUGGGAUUUGUGACAUUUAGCUCAAGAGUUGCCGCAGAGGCGGCAAAACAGGAUCUUCAGGGAGUUCGUUUUGACCCUGACUUGCCCCAGACCCUUCGACUUGAGUUUGCAAAGAGCAACACGAAGGUGACCAAGCCCAAGCAACAGAGCCCACAGCCCGCGACACACCCUACCUUGAUACACCCGCUCACUGGGCAGGAUCUGGGUCCGGCUUUCUUCCCAGCGGCCCCCGGUCCAGAAGCCUGGGCCCCACCACAUGCGUUAGCGUACCCUGAGUUAGCGCCCGGCACUACUUUGCACCAUGCACUCAUGCAGCAUCCACUUACUCAACUGCCGAUGCGGCACGCAGGGUUCUCAAAAAGACAUGCGCCCUGUGCGUUUAAUAGGACAUAUACAGUAUCAGCUGACCAGCAGGCUGCAGACAUGAACAUGCUUCAGGCCCUUCAAGCACAAGCAGGUAGCCCAAUUGGGUAUGAGAUGCACCCUGGCAUGAUGGCCGCUGGGCAGGUUUCUACAAUGAACCAUCCUAUGCUAGGAGCCACACCCAUUUUCUCUAGUCCGCUAAUGGGGGCACUUCCACAGAUGCAUUCACAGAUGCACGUUACUCUAGGCAAGGCAAUGAAUGGUUCAGCGAUUUCCCCAGGACUCCCAGCAGCCAAUAAUUCACCAUGUUCUACAUUAUUUGUUGCAAAUCUAGGCCAAUUCGCAUCUGAGCAAGAGUUAAAAGAUCUUUUCAGCAGUUUCGCGGGCUUUUCAAGGCUUAAAAUGUACAAUAAGAAUGGCUCCCCAGUGUGUUUUGUUGAGUACCAGGAAGUAAAAGAGGCAAACGAAGCUAUGUCCAGGCUUCAGGGUUUCGUCCUCUUAUCAAGUGACAGGGGCGGAAUUCGUAUAGAAUACGCCAAGCAUAAAAUGGGCGAAAUUAUCAGUGGGCAGUAAAAUUGGACAAUAGUGCUGUGUGCAAAAGAGCACAACAUGAUUUGGCAAAGAGAGAAGAAAUGAUGACAUCACCGGCUCAGUCGCCUCCCCUUUCUGUGAUGUCAACAGUUUAGUGACCUCUCAAUGAUGAUGUCAUCAGGUGCAGUUAUGACAUCAUCAUCAUGUCACCAGUUUUUACUGAUGAUGUCAUCAGGGUGCAGAUAUGAUGUCAUCAGGGCAGAUAUGAUGUCAUCAGGGCAGAUAUGAUGUCAUCAUAAUGUAUAUGACAUUGUUUAUGCAUAAAGCUCAGCGUCUUCAGAUUUAUAUAUUGUAUAUGUGACUAUAUUAUUCCAUUAUUUGGACGUUGAGGGUUGAUCCGUAAUGUUUACGGAAUUUACGAAUGUUACUAUUCUUGUUUGUAUUUUUGUUGGAAACUAUUUAAAAUAUUGUUUCUAUACAAUUCUUUUGAUAUACUCAUAAUUUUAUUGCUUCGGACUCAAACUAUGUGUUGUUUUUUUGUGGGUUUGUUAUAUAUAACUAUGUUGAGGAGUCUAUAUGAACAAAAAAUUUGUUUGCUGUGUUUAAACAUAAAGUAUCAAUUUUUACUUUAUAUUAUUCAAAGGGAAUUUGGGACAUUGAAAUUGAAUGGUAUCAAAUUAAGAAGCUCAAAUGCUUACAUGCCUAGAGUAAUUGUAAUUAUUCCUGCUAUGUAAACCGGAAAUCAUUAAAUUAUAUUUCAGGGCUUAAGAGCUUGCGCUAAUCUCGACCGCUUCAUUAUUUUCAAUGUGAGCCCAGUUCAGUGUUAAAAAAACUCUGUACAUAACAUGCUGUUAAUAAAUAUAUGAACUGAAAAUCUAUCUAUGUUAGGAGCGAUAUUCAAACAAAAAAAUCACUGCAUUUGAGGCCCGAAAUUUAUUCAUCCAAAUAAUUCAUUACAUAGCAAUUUGGAAGGUUUGCAGUGGCUAGUUUUUAGGUUAUUUAUUAUUUAUUUAUUAUGUAUUUACUUGAAAUAAAGGUUUGGUAAGAGUUUAAUGUCUUUGAUGGUUAUCUUUCUUUUAUUAAAUUGUUCGAAGUUUAAAAAAUAAUUCUUGUAAUCUAAAAAUUCUGUAAAUGAGUAAGGUGUCAAAAAAAUGUUUAAAUAGUAAAAAUACACUUAUUUUUACACGUUGAAUAUUAUCAAACGUUUGGUUUCUUUGAAACAUAUAAUUAAAAAAAGAUUUUUCAUUUAUAUUUUGAUGUUACUUGUGUGGUAGCUAUUGGAAAAAAAAUGUUUCCACAAAUAUGUUUAAAAAUUAUUUCUCAUUACAUGAUGUAAAAGGCAUUACUCCCUGAAAAUUUUGAAAUUAAAAAAAUCUUAGCAUAAAUGUCAAAGACAUUAAUCCUUUGGAACUUUUCAAAGAAAAAAAGCCUGACAAUUUGCCAUUGCUCAUCAGAUUUUGAGGGGUGAAGGUUAAAAUGUUUUAAAUGCCAUUAGAAAUAUUAGCAGAUGGAACGUUUUUUCUUCCACCCCUUACUGCAGCUCUUGGAGCCAUCAUGUUAAUGCUUUAGAACAUGUGUUUAUUGUAGUGAUUUCUAUGCAAUGUAUUUGGCGUUGGUUAUAAUGAACAGCAACGAGCAGAAAAAGGUCUGACUUAAUAUGAUAGAUAUGUGGUAAGCUGGAACCUGAAAUCAUUGUUUGUGACAUAAUCAAAAAAUGAGACAUCAAAGUUUAUGAUGUAAGCAGGAAAUGUGGCAUAGUUUAUGACAUAAGAAAGAAAUUUGAAAUAGUUGAUAGUUUAAGCAGGGAGAAAAACAUAGUUUAUGAUGUAAGCAAGAAAUGUGACAGCAAUUAUUUUGGCGUAAGCAAGUUUAAAUUUGACAUAGUUUAUGCAAUGUGCAGCAAAUAUGACAUAGUUUAUGACGUAAGUGAGACGUGUGACAUCAAAUUUUAUGAUGUAAAAGGAAAAGUGACAUCAUAAUUUACAGUAACUGGAAGGAGAAGGGCGUCACCAGUCAUGUGUAAAAUCCCAAAAUCCUGCUUUAAAACCUAUUUCUGCUUGUUGUGAUUUGUUAUUUUUUUACAUAGAAAUGAUUAUCGAAAAAAGGUGAAAAUAGCAAUAAUGACAAUGUUUUCAACAUUUUACAUUUUAUAACUGUCUGCAAUUUUGACUGUUAACGAUAUAAGGCAUUAGAGCUUACAAUAUUUAUUAUUCGGGCGUUAGGGUAGUUUAAAGAUGAACAUAUUUAUUUAAAGUUAAAAUUAAUGGCAAAACUUUCAAAUUUGAAGUUUUAUUAUAUUCUAAAUAAUGUUGAAUUCGUUGAAAUUUAUUUUCCGUCCAUUCAGGUUCACUUAACAUAUCGAUACACACUUAAUCAAUUUAUGCUUCACUUAAUAUUAUAAAUAUUCAACGAGGGGGUCACAAAUUUCCUUAAUUUAUAAGUGCACAAAUCUCACUGGUUAAAAUUACCACUGGACACGAUGUCUCGUUUGUAGGAGAAUAAUGCACUGAGUCGUUGGAAUGUAAAUAUAAUUAGUUCAAUUUAUCAUCAGUCCUUUGAUUUUGUUUCACAAAUUUUAUGAAUAUUGCCCAAUGUCAUGUAUAUUCAUAAGUAGUGAAAUUCUUUCUACAUCAUGUCUAAGGAAAUUACAAGCCCUAAAAUCUCAUGUUUGUAAGUACCGAAGUUCACUGGACAAACAAAAAAUCAAAAUAAUAGAUCAGCUUUGCCCGUUAAUGUAAAUGUUUUUGAAGCAAUAUUAUAUAAAUGAUAAGUGCUAUGAAUAUAUCAAACUGCAAUGCUAAUUAAUUAUUGUUGUGCUGAGUAAAAUUAAGGUAAUAAUAGGCAAAAAAAAAAUGUUUGUUUAGGGUAACCUUCCCAAAAUUUCUAGGUAGUGUAGGUAGGGAUUUUUUUUUUUUUUUUUCAAAAUCUGGCUUAAGUUCAGAGUGUUUUCUUGCACAUGGCAGUCUUUCCUACAUUACUGUCAUUGCCUGACUUUGUUUUAUAAUAUAAACAAUAAUUCUGAUUAAAAUCUGCAUUUAUCCGCUCUUCUUAACUCUCUAUUCGCUAACGAAUAUUUUUUUUGCUCAGAAACGGAAAAAAAUAGUUAGGGUCGGCACAUUUUUAUAGGUAGGGUCGGGUUACCUGAAACAGACAUAUUUUUUUUUAGGCCUUAUCAGUGCUUGUUCUAAUGACUUUAUUAUCAUGAGUGUAGGAUAUUCAUUAUAUUUAUUAUUUUUUUCAAGAAUUCCGUAUUAUAGUUUUAUUGCAUAAUACACUUACAAUCAAAUAUAGAGCAUAACUGUUUUAACGCUGUCAGGAUAAUUUAGUUAGAAUAUAGUGCAAAAAAACAUGUUAGAAAGUUAGCAAAAAAUAUGCAACUUUCAUUCAUGCAAUCAAGUUGAUCGAUUUGCCUUAAAUGUGGGCCUUUUUGAACGAACAAUCAUUUCUAUUGUUCUUUAUUGUAACUAAAAAAUAUUCGGGAGAUAUGCAUAUAACUUGUUCUUUAAUAUAUAUAGGUAUAAUAAAAUGCAGAUAUUUAUGUACAUUCUAGAUAAAUAACGUACUUCAUUUUAGAUUUAUACAUUCUUAAAAGGUUGUAUAAUAAUCAUGUGCAUUAUAAGUGAAAUAUCUUGUAUUACAUGAAUUGCUCAUUUUUAGCGUUGGUUAUGGAAGCAGUCUACGAUUACUGAAACUGGUUAAAAUCUUCUGAAUUUUUAACAAUUUUGAAAAAAAUAAAAAUGCUAAAAAUGUUUUGAUAUUUUCAACAUGGAAAAUUUAAGUAGGGUUUUCAAAUAAUAUCUUCUUGUUAAUUAAGUUAGGGCGUAGUUCCUCAAAAAUUUUUUGACAAAAUUGGUAUUUUGAAACAUUUGAAUAUUGACUGAGAAAGAAGACAUAGUUUUCAGUAAGCAUCGCAAUGUUAAUACUUUGGCUGAAUCAGGGUAGUGGUUGCAGCAAUACCACAUAAGGCAUUAAAAAAAAAUCUUUGUUUCCACUAACUGACCAAGUGUUCUUCUUUUUUUUCCUUCCGACCAUACUUUCUUUCCUUCCAAACUUGCUACUUUUUUUUGCCGUAGUAUGGAUUUUUUUGGGGGUAAUUUCCUAAAAAAAAAAAGCUUUGCAUUUUUUUGAGUGAACAUGAAAAGAUUUUACCAUUUUAUAUCUUAAAUGUACUACAAUACUGAUACACUCUGAUAUAGGUUGGUUUGGUACAGAAUCCCGGUUCUCAUUAAAAUGAAAAAUAGAAAAUAAGAAGUUCGGUCUCACAAACCUUCCCUAUUUAUUUGGCGUUGUUAUUGGAAACAAAGGAUUUUUUUUUUGGCCUUAAUCGAUUGUUUUAUACCUUAUAUAUUUAAUCUAACCUAUUUUUGUUCUGUUUUAAACGAACACUAAUUAUUUCAAAUGGUCUCAAUAUUUACAGUUUUUUGCACAAUUUUCAAGUUCCAUAGUUUUUUUAUUUCAAAUGCACUCACAAUUUGAAACCAUUGUAAAUACAAUGCACAAAUAGUUAGAUUAUUCAGAUGAGAUUAUUCAAUUAUUUGGUUAACGAAGAGAACAAGUUUAACUAUGCAAUCUGUUGUAUUAAAACCGCAUGUUGGGAGGUCGCAAUAAUGCGUGUUAUCGUAAUAUACCCCUCAAAAUAUUGUCGUUCAAAUGUUAUGACUGUGUUCAUAAUAGGUAAAACGAAAAUGUAUGUUUAUGAAUCAAGAUAUCAUAUUUUGUCUGCCACUGUAUAAUAUUAGACUUAAAGGCACCCUUUAAACACCUUAAGUUUGAAUGUUAUAAAAGUGUCACACAUUGUGGGCAACUUAGUCUGAGUGUUUGUCUGCAUAUUGGUUUUAUAUGUGGUUUCUUUACAGAAAUUAAAUUGCCGCUUUUGAUAACAAGAUUGUGUGCAGACAGAUAAUAAAUAAAAUAACUAAAAUUAUAUGCAUAUCAACAUCUUGAUAAGAUAAAGAAUCGAAAAUUAUAAUUUUGAAUAAAAAUUAGUCAUUAAAUUAGAAACAUUUUAUUGAUACGAAAAUUCUUUAUAACCAUAUAACAAAAUCGAAGAAAUACACCUUAAACGCACCAAAACUAUAUCAUCCUCAUCUUGCUAAAUUUGUUUAUAGCUCAAUGUUGUCUCGUGAAAUGUCGGUUUCUUAUCAACGAUUGUCGGCUUUUUUAUGCCGAGGUUUCUUUGAAAUAGACUCAUUUGCAAUAAAUAAAUGUUACUUAAAAAAUCUUUUUGACUAUCAUUGGUUUUUGUAUUGGUGUUUAUUACAUUGUAUUUUGAGAUAUUGUUUGUAUCAGUAGAGAUCUUCUUCACAAAAAUGGUUCACAGAAUGAGUUACUCUUUUUACUAUAUUUCAAAUUUCAAAAGAAGGGACAUGAAAAAAUUAUGUUUAUUUAGCAGAGUAAACAGCUUUAAUUAACACUAAUAAAAAAAAACUGUUGAAAAAAAAGGUUUUUUUUUUUUUUUUUACAAAGUUUUGUGUUAAAUAACAGUCAUUAUCAGUUCAGACAGCGUCCAAAAGGUGUCUUAGAAAUGGCUUAUCAGUAAAUAUGUGUGUGAUGUGACAAUUUUCAGUGAAUCUAAAUGAAAACAAAGUUACAUGUAAGUCCAAAAGACAGCAUCCAUAUAUAUGUGACUUUACUUACUUACUACAGUAAGAAUUAAAAUUAAGCUUUAUUAAAUUCGCUACUGAUACAGAUAAAUAUUUCAGUGAAUUUUGUGAUAUGGUACAUUCCAUUAUUAUACGAUAAUACAUCAUUAAUUUUGUGAACUGUUGUUUAAUGCAUAUUUUAUAAAAUCAUGUUUAAAUUGACAGAUCUUUACUGAUUUUGUCCACUUGACAACAAAGAAGAAUUUAAUAAGAUUUCUUUUCAGAAGGCCUUUGAUCUUAUUUUUCUUUAGUUUUGAAGCAUUUUUUGGUUGUUUAUAAAAUGCUAAACUCUGACACUAUGAAGGGUACAAAGGAUGAAUGAUUAUAUUUAGAAAAUGAUUAACAAUGGACAAGAAUCCGCUGCAUUCAAUUAAGAGAUGUUUUGAAACAACUUAAAUUAUCUGGUAUGUUGUAUCAAAAUUUAGAGACAAAUUAGGCUUAACCCUUAGACUGCUGAUGGCAAUUUUAAAGGCUUUGCAAACAGCUUGGAACCAGACCAGACGCCGAGUAACUCGGCGCCUGGUCAGGUUCCAAGCUGUUUGCCACUCAGUCAAUAUAUGCCCAAAGUUUUAAGUAAAUUGAAAGAAAUUUAGAAUAAACCAUUUUUGAGCAGACAACAAUUUACCCAGCAUGCAAAGGGUUAAGCUACCUUCAUUAAAAUAGACCAUAUGGCUUUUGAGACCAUAUGGGCUUACAAAAAUGUCUCAAUUUAAACGAUUGUUCUUGCCAUAUCAAAGUAUGCUAAUACAGAUUGUAACUUCAUUUAUAAAAUAUGUAACAAUGCUAUAUAAGGGUUGUUUAUUAUUAUGUAUCGUUUGUUUUCAUAGACGACGGUGUGUUGUCAGUUGUUAUUGAAGCGGUGUUGUGUUUUUUUCUUGCUCAAAGCAGAAUGCAUCAAAAUGUUACAUGUGUCAGAAGCAACUGUUCAAAGAUAGAUCAAGCAUUUUGCUAUUUAUUGAAUCAAAUAAAUGGUUUGCAUUAUAAAUACUUUUUUGAGCUCAUUUUCUGAACUUGAUUUUUUGUUAAGAUAUGUUCAGAAAAUUUAAGAAACAUGUAGUGGGGAUAUUUUAAAACAAUUUUUUUAAAUGAUUUAAAGCAUAGGGUGGUUCAAACAUUCCUCUUAAGGGUUUGUGUUGGUAUUUUUUCUCAUAAACAUAACUGUUGUAAAAUCUUUGAGUACUUGUUUCUGGCAAAAUGUGUUGAUAUUUAUGUUUUUCUUAUGUUAGAAACUUAAUUGUGUUAAAUUAUAGUAUAUCGUUUAUAAAUGCGUGUAGUUUUAGUCGAUGAACAAAUAUUUAACGGUAGGUACUUCGGAAGUGUUUUUUUUGUGAUGGAUAAGAUUCGAAAUACUCAUAUUUGUCGCUUUUUGUUAGUCUGUUAAAUUAUUUUGCUAAAAAAAUCUAGUAUGAUUAUAAGCUGAAGAACAACUUCAGAUUCUAAUAUGUUUAUAAGUACCAGCAUUUUACGCUGAUGUACAACAUAAGGGGCUGUUUGUAAUAACCAACUUAGAUUCAAUUUAACAAGUAUAAUCUGAAUGUUUUGAUUGGACUGUAGAAUUUGAAUUGGCCAAUCAACUGAAUGGAAUCAGUGAGGCAUGUCCAAGGAUAAGGAUUGUUUUGAUUGGACAGUAGAAUUUGAAUUGGCCAAUCGACUGAAUGGAAUCAGUGAAACAUGUCCAAGGAUAUAUGGAUUGUUUUGAUUGGACAGUAGAAUUUGAAUUGGCCAGUCAAUGGAAUGGAAUCACUGAGGCAUGUCCAAGUAUAAGGAUUGUAUUGGCCCUGUUUCUAAUAAAUAAAUAAACGCCAUUCUUUUUAGUUUAAAAAUGACGGUAGUUAGCUAUGAUAGAUAAUAGUUGUGUUCAUAUGACUAUGUGUUUUGUAAUUUAAAUACUUGAACUAUUUAUUUAUAAUGAUUUAUUUCAGAAGAUUUAUAUAAUAUGGUAUAUUGUUUAUAAAUGUCGUAGGUACAUGACAAUUUUUGUGAAACUUUUUUCUCUCUUUGAAAUGUAAAAUAAAAUGGUUAAUGUGA